AGAGGCAGAACUGCAUUACAUUACGCGGCAGUACUGGCCGAUGGAGGGCUCGUAUACCAGCAGCUCAUAGAGUGCGGCGCCGACCAAAUGGCCACCGAUAUGUUUGGCAAAAAACCUGAAGACUAUCUGAUAAGUCAGGUAGAGAUCUCGGCUCAGGUGUUGCGGGACGGGUCCAUUGGGCCCAAUAAAACUCCCGGUGCUGUCAGACGAAGUCGGAAACAGAGCUCGCUAAUGCAUCGGAGUAACAUAAAGGAGCUGAUACGCCAGGGUAACCUGUCCACGUUGGAGGAGGUGGUGUUGCAAGGUUUUGGGGACAGACUACUCGGGGAGACUUCACACGCGCCCUUAGUUCAGGAGUUUCUCGACAAAUUGCCCGAUUUUAUUGAUCAAAUAACGGAGUUGCAUCGAUCCACUAUGAAGGGUAACCUACGGGAGUUUCAGGGUCUAUUAGACCGCAAGUCCAUGAUUACGGCCAGGGAUCAGAUCGGGGCGACACCACUGCAUAAGGCCGUCCUCUAUGGACACUACGAUUUGGCCGAAUAUAUCGCCACUAACUUUCCCGUCACACUCGAUGCCAGAGAUAAUUUGUAA